UGGCGUGGGCCAAUAUGAUUCAUUCGCUAUUCAUAUGAGUCCAAAUAUGCUGUCCCUUACCUCCUCCUUCAAAAGAGGACCGAACUACGGCCACUUGGUUCACGUCUCGAGGACGACGACGAAUUUUUUUUUCAUUUUUUUUUUUUGCAAAGAGUGCGUGCGGACUGCAGAAAUUUAUCAAAACCCAUCUUCAAAAUCAUUUCAAAUGGAUAAAAUCCGCAAGUUUUGGAAUCCCCUGUUUUCGCCACCAAGUUCUAUUGCUGUUUUCACGAGUUGCUAAAUCCGUAUUUUCGUCAGACCCGUAUAUCUGUUCACCCCAUUUUGUAUGUAUGUAUGCAUCUUCGUCUAAUCUAUUGACUAUUGAUUAGUUUAUGUCUUUUCUGUUUUCCCCAUUUUCUUAAUUUUGUAAUUUUGGGAACUAUGUGGGUUUUGGGAAAUUACUCAAUUAGAGGCUUAUUAGUUAUGUGCUUGCCAGCUCGUUGUUUCAACGAAUGGCUGUGAUUGCUUUGGAAAGGUUUCCUUUGAGAAGGGCUUCUCGAGUUUCUAGAAGUGUCUUGGUUGGUUGAUUCUUUGAGGGAGUAGACUGGGGAGAGUGGUGGAACUGUGAAGAAGAUGUGGAAGAAUUGCUCUGAAUCGUGAUUCAAAGAUCGUUAGUUGGUUCUGUUCUUACUUUUUCUUGUUGUUUCGAGUUUUGUUUUAUGACACCCCUUCUAGUUUAGAUGAAAAUCUUGAAAGGAUUUCGCUGUUUAGUUCUUAUUUGGUAACUUCUUUCUGGGUUGAUGAAUUUUAAAUUUGUGGGGUUGUGUUUCUGGAAAUAGAAACAUGGGAAGAAUUUAGUUCUGUCUCUUCGGUCAUUUGGUUUCAGCCGGAGAAUGUUUCGAUGGUUUGUUGUUGAAUUUGGUGGUUGUUGAGUAAGGAUUUAGAAAGUUUUCAAUUGGGAGUUUCAUGUUUGGGGAUAUAGGUGAUCGGUUUGUUAGUGAAAGAAACCGAGUAAUUGGUAACUAAGUAGAAAGAUGUCUUCAACGUCAGCAAAUAAGACUGUGUGUUCUAAGACCAGCUUUGACCGAUCGAAACAUGGGGCUCAUGUGGUUGCACAGACCCCAAUUGAUGCAAAGCUUCAUGUAGACUUUGAAGGUUCCGAAAGGUUUUUUGAUUACUCUGCAUCCGUUGAUUUCAAUGCCGCUUGUUCCACUAGCAAUAUUCAUGCUUCCACUGUACAGUCAUACCUUCAAAACAUUCAGAGAGGAAGUCUAGUUCAACCAUUUGGUUGUAUGAUUGCUGUGGACGGGGAAAACUUGUCUGUUCUUGCAUAUAGUGAAAAUGCCCCCGAAAUGUUGGACUUGGCCCCACACGCUGUGCCUAACAUCGAGCAGCAAGAAGCUUUAACUUUUGGAACAGAUGUACGGACUCUUUUUCGUUCACCCGGAGCUGCAGCUUUGCAGAAAGCAGCUGACUUUAAGGAAGUUAAUCUUCUCAAUCCUAUUCUAGUCCAUUGUAGAACUUCUGGUAAACCAUUUUAUGCAAUUUUGCAUCGAGUUGACGUGGGAUUAAUUAUAGAUCUGGAACCGGUGAACCCAGCUGAUGUGCCAGUGACUGCAGCUGGGGCAUUGAAAUCUUAUAAGCUAGCAGCUAAAGCCAUCUCAAAAUUGCAGUCCUUGCCAAGUGGGAAUAUAUCUCUUUUGUGUGAGGUAUUGGUUAAGGAGGUUAGCGAUUUGACAGGUUAUGAUCGAGUAAUGGUGUAUAAAUUCCAUGAUGAUGAACAUGGAGAAGUUGUAGCUGAGUGCUGUCUAUCAGACUUAGAACCAUAUUUUGGCUUGCACUACCCAGCUACUGAUAUACCUCAAGCUUCAAGGUUCCUGUUUCUGAAGAAUAAAGUUAGAAUGAUAUGUGAUUGUUUGGCGCCUCCAGUUAAAGUGCUUCAAGACAGGAGAUUAGCUCAGCCAUUAAGUUUAUGUGGGUCUGCAUUGAGAGCUCCUCAUGGUUGUCAUGCUCGAUAUAUGAUGAAUAUGGGUUCUAUUGCAUCUCUUGUGAUGUCUAUUACGAUCAAUGAGAAUGAUAGUGAAUCGGAAAAUGAUCAAGAAAAGGAUAGAAAGUUGUGGGGUUUAGUAGUUUGCCAUCACACUAGCCCUAGGUUUGUUCCAUUUCCUUUGCGAUAUGCUUGUGAAUUCUUGAUUCAAGUAUUUGGUAUACAGAUUAACAAAGAGGUGGAGUUGCAAGCUCAGUUGAAGGAAAAACACAUCUUGCGAAUUCAAACAGUUCUUUGUGAUAUGCUGCUAAGAGAUGCUCCGGUAGGAAUUGUUACUCAAUCUCCCAAUAUUAUGGAUCUUGUUAAGUGUGAUGGUGCUGCCUUAUAUUUCAGAAAGAAAUUUUGGUUACUUGGAGUCACCCCCACAGAGGCGCAAAUUAGAAAUAUAGCUGACUGGCUUCUCAAAGACCAUAAUGGAAGCACAGGUUUAAGUACUGAUAGCCUUAUUGAAGCUGGUUUCUAUGGUGCUUCUGCGCUUGGUGAUGAGGUUUGUGGAAUGGCUGCUGUUAGGAUUACGUCUAAGGACUUCCUUUUCUGGUUUCGUUCACAUAUGGCUAAAGAAAUCAGGUGGGGUGGUGCAAAACAUGAUCCUAGUGAUGAGGAUGAUGGAAGAAAGAUGCAUCCAAGAUCAUCAUUCAAGGCUUUCCUGGAAGUGGUGAAGCGGCGUAGUCAACCUUGGGAAGAUGUGGAAAUGGAUGCCAUUCAUUCACUGCAAUUAAUAUUACGGGGUUCUUUACAGGAUGAAAUUGAAGAAGAAUGCAAGGUGAUUACAACUGUCCCACCAGUUGAUGAGAAGUCACAACAAUUGGAUGAAUUGCGCGUCAUUACAAAUGAGAUGGUUCGCCUAAUUGAAACAGCUGCAGUGCCCAUCUUGGCUGUAGAUGUCUUUGGCAAGAUCAAUGGUUGGAACUCCAAAGCCACUGAGCUUACAGGAUUGGCUAUCCAGGAAGCCAUGGGAAUGCCCUUAGUUGAUUGUCUGGUUAAUGAUUCUGUUAAGGUGGUAAGGAAAAUGCUGUCCAUGGCCAUUCAAGGUAUUGAAGAGAAGAACGUUGAAAUCAAACUCAAAACAUUUGGAACUGCGGUACAAAAUGGUCCAGUGAUCUUAGACGUUAACUCUUGUUGUAGCCGAGACUUAAACAAUAAUGUUGUAGGAAUUUCUUUUAUAGGGCAGGAUGUUACGAAGCAAAAACUGGUAAUGAACCAAUACACCCAAAUCCAAGGUGAUUACACGGGGAUUAUGCGAAACCCAUCUGCACUUAUUCCUCCAAUUUUUAUGGCCGAUGGCGAGGGCCGGUGCUUGGAAUGGAAUGAUGCAAUGGAAAAGUUAUCUGGUUUUAGAAGGGUAGAGAUGACAAAUAGAAUGCUUCUUGGGGAGGUUUUCACGCUUGAAAACUUUGGAUGCCGUGUGAAAGAUCACACAUUGACCAAGCUUAGGAUCCUACUGCAUAGAGUAAUUUCAGGCCAGGAUACAGAGAAAUUUUUGUUUCGCUUCUGUGAUCGUGAAGGAAACUACAUUGAAUCAUUGCUUACCGCAAGCAAAAGGACUGAUGCAGAGGGUACUAUCACUGGGGUUUUCUUCUUCUUGCACGUGGCUAGUCCAGAACUUCAAUAUGCUUUGGAGAUGCAGCGAAUUUCGGAACAAGCUACAGCUGAAAAUCUCCAUAAAUUAGCAUAUCUGCGUCAAGAAAUUCGAAAACCCCUUGAUGGGAUUACAUUUAUGCAGAAUCUAAUAAGUUCAUCUGACUUAAGCAUAGAGCAAAAACAGUUAAUUAAAUUGAACACUUUGAGUCGAGAACAAUUACACAAGAUUGUACAUGAUACCGAUAUCCAGAGUAUAGAGGAAUGUUACAUGGAAACGAACUGUAUUGAAUUCAACCUUGGAGAUGUCCUUGACGUUGUAACAAAUCAAGCCAUGAUUUUGAGCCAAGAGCGUGAGGUGAAGAUCAUUUGUGAAUCACCCGCCGACGUGUCAUCUUUGCACUUAUACGGAGAUAACUUGAGGCUACAGCAAGUGCUCUCUGAGUUCUUGACGAACACACUUCUCUUCACUUGCAAAGAAUUGUCUGUCAUCUUUAAAGCAACUCCAAGGAAGGAGCGCAUUGGGAAGGGAAUCCACAUUGUUCAUCUUGAAUUGAGGAUCACCCAUCCCACUCCAGGAAUUCCUGCACACUUAAUCCAAGAGAUGUUUGACGACAACAACGAUAGCUCAAAGGAAGGUCUUGGCUUAUACAUAAGCCAGAAGCUUGUGAAGAUUAUGAAUGGCACUGUACAGUAUCUUCGAGAGGCGGAAACCUCGUCAUUCAUCAUCCUCAUAGAAUUCCCCUUGGUAGAGCAUGUUGCUGGAUGACAAUCGGGGAUGACAAUUACUUUUACUCUUCCACCCUCACUGGGCGAUUUACUUGAAGAUACCUUUUUUCUUGAUCUCUCAGCUCUCUGGUAUAACCAUUGAACGAUCCUCGACAUUGCUCGGCAUCAGAACAGGAUUGUGUGAGAAUAUGAGUGGAUAUUAGAAGGGAUGGUCUGAGAUUAUAAUAAAAGUUCUUCCAUGGAGACCAGUUUCAAACUUCAAAGUACCAAAACAGCAGCAUCUUUUUCAACCAUUUCUGGGUGGGUGUCGGAAAAUCCAAGAGCUGUUACGUAGUUCAUUCCUAAAAUCGUUGACUUGGAAACUCCCAAAAUGCAGGGGGAAGUUGGAAUUUUCAAGUUUAGAAAUAGGAUGGGAAGCACUUGAGAAAUAAGUGAGUAAAGUAGAAUUGUAAACUUGUUUGUAAUGAAUGGGUAAAUACCCAUCAUCCCAUCUUCUGCUGAAAUAAUAUGCAGUUUUCUUCUCUUUUUGUGUUCAA